CAGUAGAAUUGACCCGUCUUCGUCGUCGUCGUUCUUCUCAUCCUCCCCACCUCCAUUCCUGCUUCUUGGCCGUCUCCUCCUCCAUCGCCUAACCCUAGACAACCCAUACCCACCAACCACUAGAUCGAGAACCGGCAUCACUGGGCGCACGAGACCAGGGAUUUCCCAUGGCGGAUGCUGAACCUGUUGAUCAGAAGAAUUACCUUGAGGAACGUUGCAAGCCGCAAUGCGUAAAAUCAUUAUAUGAUUAUGAGAGAUGCGUCAAGAGAGUGGAGAACGAUGGAAGUGGGCAGAAACACUGCACUGGCCAAUAUUUCGACUACUGGUCGUGCGUCGACAAGUGUGUUGCACCAAAGCUCUUUGACAAACUGAAAUGAUAAUGGAAUGCGUCUUUUAAGGCGUGACUUAUUUCAGGAAGCCAAGCCCCAAUAAAUCCAUCCCCUGGCCUCUGGACUUUAUUUGCUGAACAUGUAACAGCUAACAGCAAGCUAUUUGAUUCAUUUUGCUAAACUGUUUGAGCGGGGCAUGAAAACUGUACUGCUCUGGUGGAGAUUCUUUCAGUUCUUGUAUUGAAAGUUUGAAAUCUCGUUUUUAGAAUUUGUGCAUGUUGCUUGGAUCCCCGUAAAA